AGCGGGUACACGAAGUCGCAAGCUGAUAUCGGUGCUGGAAUCUGAAAUGGAGCCAGAAGUGGGGGAAAACCUAGAUAUCCAGAAUUAUUUGUCACUGUGCAUCUCGAAUGGUGAUAUUGCGGUUGUUCUCUGGAACGCAUCGACGCAUAUACUGCAGUACUGUCCUGAUAACUCAUUAGAAGUUGAGGAUAUGCGAUUAAAACAGAUCAUCCUCCGUGCCAAACCAACAGCACUUCUUGCCACAAAGGCAACUUUUGAUGCACUGAAGUCAGUGGUGUGUAUUGAGAAUACUCCAGAAGUGUAUAAAGAAAUCGUUCCUGAAAAUUAUUAUAGUAAUGCCUUCUUCACAAAUCGUAACCGUCUUGAGCGGAAGAAUUUCUAGAAGACUCUUGCCAUUUGUUGAGGAUUUCUUCUAUGCCCCCCAAUCUUGAUGAGUUUGGGAAAACGAUUUACGUGAAGUCAUUGUUUCAAGUUGAUUCAAGCCUAUUGAGAGCUCUAGGUGGUUUAGUGUUCAAGAUAGCUGUGUCUCAAAACACGCAAAAUGAUGAUUUGAAUAAGAGUCUGUUGCAGAUAACUGAUAUACAGAUUUUCAAUAAUCAAGACACGUUAUUUGUUAAUAGACUCACUUUACAACACUUGGAAAUCUUCAAAUGCUUUGAAAUAAUUGAGGAA